GGCGCCCAGUCGACGACAGCGUCGCGGCGCGUUCAGCCCGCACCGCCCUGAUGCAUUCGAACACGAAUUCUAAAAUUUGAUUUUAAAUUGUUUUUUUUUUUUUAUUUAGUAGUGAUGUGAUAAAAUGUUUUAGUUUAUCUGUGUUUAGUGAGUUUGUAGGGUACGGCACUUUGUGUAGUAUUUAAUUGCGAAGUUCGUUGUAAAAGUGUAAACAAAUUACGAUUUAUUAAAUUUUUGUGAAUAUUGUGCAAUAUGAAAAGAUUCAAGAAGUGGUUUAUGUUUCAAUAACAUAAAUAUCGACGCACGAAACACGUUAUCUGGACUCAUUUUGUUUAUAACUUUGUUACGAAUCGGGCUAGUUUUCAAGACGCCAAAAUUAUUGAAAUGUAGUGUGAGUUGAAUUAGAGGACUCUUCGGAUUAUAUAAGUGUACGAAAAACCCUGUGGCAGUGUUAGUUUGAUAUAAAAAAGAAUAUUAAAUAAAAAGAACUGAAAGUGAUAAUAAAGAAAAACAACGUAGAAAUGGCUAAAAUUAACAAAAAUUAACAUGCAUUUUUAAAAUAAUUGACAAAAAAGGGUGAAAAAGGAAAACCGAAUUCAGAAAAAGGACACGAGAUAUUUAGUGACUAGUGUAUUUAAAAAAAUAAGUUACAAAAAAAAAGAAAAACGUAAUUAAAAAAAGCAAGACAUUUAGUGAAAACUGACAAAUUGUGAAUAAAACGAUACUGGCACUAAUAAAAAUCAAAAAAUGCCAUCGGUAUUGGAAGUAGGGCCAUUCAGCCAGCCCGAGUGGAGCGACUCGAGCGAUUCCACUGAACCGGGCCCACUGCCACAGCUCGGGUAUUUCGUACCAGUGCGAUGUAGGUGUGAACGGAGGAGUCACCAUGUGUGUCGGAGAAGCAGAAGAGAAUCUCCCCGGUCGCGACGCUCCGUAUCACAAUGCUCGUGCAACAGCAUGUCCCGAAGGUCCUCAGCGGCGGCGUCUCCGAUGCCGAUGCAGCUGCCGCCACUCAACAACACCGUCGAGAUGUACGUCGAGCCGGUUGUCGAGGAUACCGCUGAGCGCAACGCCGGCUGGGAAACUCAUCGUGUGCGGCUGAACCGCGUUCAGGGCUACGGGUUCGGGAUCGCAGUUUCGGGGGGAAGGGAUAACCCCCACUUCGCGAACGGAGACCCCUCUAUCGCCGUCUCCGAUGUACUCCGAGGAGGCCCUGCUGAGGAUAAAUUGCAGGUGAACGACAGGAUAGUGUCAGUGAACGGUAUCCCCCUGGAGAACGUAGAGUAUGCCCGCGCGGUGCAGGUGCUGCGCGACUCGGGCGCGACGGUGUCGCUGGUGGUGCGGAGGCGCGCGCCGGCGCCGCCGCCCACAGCCCCCACCACCAUCAAACUCGCGCUUACCAGGAAUGGGAAGAAAGAAGAUUUUGGCAUCGUCCUAGGCUGCAAACUGUACGUCAAGGAACUAACGAUGCGAGCGAGGGAACAGCUGAACCAGGCCGGCCAGGGUCUAUGCGAAGGAGACGUCGUCACGAGGAUCAAUAACACAUCCGUCACAGACGCCAUGACCCUCAAAGAGGCCAGGAAACUGGUGGAGUCCUGCAAGGACAGACUUAACCUCGUGGUCACUAGAGAGCUGAUCAGGGAAGAGACAGUCACUAAUGGAAAUUACCAGAACAAUUAUAGUAGUUUAGACGCACCAUCGCACAACGUGUACCCAGGCACGGAGCCUCUAUCGUCGGCGUACUCGAGCAGCGGCCAGAACUUGUACGUGGCGGCGCCGGUCAGGGGCGGCGCGGGGGACGCGCGGCGGGGGCCCAUGUCGCACGAGGUCGAACAGCCGCCCCGACCCCCGCCGCCUAGGAAUGAAGAUUACUACAGUAGUAGAAGACAGUUAUACGAAGAAGAUGUAAUGAAUAACCAAAUGAAUCAAAUGAAUCAAAGGAAUAAACCACCAAGCGAACCGCGGCUAAUAAGUUUCCAAAAGGAAGGGUCGGUGGGACUCCGGUUGUGCGGCGGGAACAGGUCCGGCGUGUUCGUGUCGGGGGUCCAGCCCACCAGCCCGGCGGCGCUGCAGGGCCUGCAGCCCGCUGACAAAAUACUCAAGGUAAACGACAUGGAGAUGAAAGGCGUGACUCGCGAGGAGGCGGUGCUGUUUUUACUGAGCCUGCAGGAGCGGAUCGACCUCAUCGUACAACACUCGCCGGACGAAUACAACGCGGUGGCCAGCGGGCAGAUGCCGGGUGAUUCGUUCCACAUAAAGACGCAUUUCCACUACACGGAGCCGACGGACGGCGAGAUGUCGUUCCGCUGCGGCGACGUGUUCCACGUGGUGGACACGCUCCACAACGGCACCGUCGGCGCCUGGCAGGUUUACAGGAUAGGUCGCAACAACCAAGAGGUCCAGAAAGGAACAAUACCAAACAAGGCGCGGGCGGAGGAGCUCGCCACCGCGCAGUUCAACGCCACCAAGAAGGAGAUGUCCGGCAACGACGGCAAGCACAACUUCUUCAGGCGCCGCCGCUCCACGCACAGGCGCAGCAAGAGUCUCGGGAAGGAGCACUGGGACGAGGUGGUGCUGUCGGACAGCAUCAGCAAGUUCCCCGCGUACGAGCGCGUGGUGCUGACGCAGCCGGGGUUCGUGCGGCCGCUCAUCGUGCUCGGCGCCGUGGCCGACCUGGCGCGCGACCGCCUGCUCAGCGACAGCCCCGACAAGUUCGCCUCGCCCAAGAUGGAUAGCACACUAGAAGACAGCAAGACGAAGUCCACAGGGAUCAUCCGCCUGUCCAGCAUCCGCACGAUCAUGGAGCGAGGGAAGCACGCGCUGCUCGACAUCACACCCAACGCGGUGGACAGACUCAACUACGCACAGUUCUACCCUAUAGUGAUAUUCCUCAAAGCGGAUAACAAGCAUAUCAUCAAACAGUUGAGAGCUGGGCUACCCAAGUCUGCUCACAAAUCAUCCAAGAAGCUUCUAGAACAAUGCCAACACAUGGAACGUGUUUGGGGUCACGUGUUCACGCACACCAUCACACUGAGCGAAGCCAACCAGAACACGUGGUUCAGCAAGCUGGUAGACCUCAUUCAGAGGACGCAACAGCAACAACUAUGGGUGUCUGAGACCAAGAGGCCUGAGCCGUUGUCGGACGACUUUCUGUUCUCAAUGUCGUCGAGUACGGAGAACCGAUUGUCGUACGCGUCGAGUCCGGAGAGCGACCUGGAAGUGAGCCCACCGCCUGCGCCGAGACUCGUCAAGUCCUCGUCGGACCCGUCGAUAGCCACCACGCAGGACAACAUGGACCGCGACGACGAUAUCAAUCACAUGGCUGACGCUGUACCGCCUCCCUAUACGCAAGGCAGCUACGGCGACAGCAAGUACGGUUUCUCAGCGAACACCAACGGGCCCACUAUGGGCCACAGCCAUGGACAUAUGGGCCCGCCGGGCGACGCGCCACCGUACCAGGCCAAUCCUAUGACGCAUUCGCCACCGCAUUCGCCUUUGUAUGGAACAGUUCCAGAGCUGCCGCCGCGCGGGCCGGUGAGCGGCGCGGGCGGCGCGGGCGGUGCGGGCGGCGCGGGGGGCGCGGUGAGCCGGCCGGCGGGCGGCGUGCUGCUCCCCGCGCCGCCGCCGGGCCGGCCGCCGCACUCGCUACGACAUAACCCCUCGCAAAACACUCGUCCAAGCGCCCAGGAGCGUCUGUUCGGUCCGCCCAAGGACUCCGGCGACGAGGCGACGUACACCGCGCGUCCCACCAGCAUGAUCAUCCCCACGCAGAGCCAGGGCUCGCUCGACAGGCACAGGCAUCCCAACAACCCGCAAAGUUCGUACGACGGCACCUCCUCGUACGAGUACAGCAGCGCGUCCAACAACGGGUCGGCGGUGGGCUCGUGCCGGCUGCCGCCCAACGCGCCCGAUGAUCUCAAAGUCGCGCCGCCUUCUAUAAAAAUGGAACCGCCUCCGCCUCCGAACCCAGCGGUGAUGCAGACACAAAGCCCGCAGAGGAAUUCCAACUCACACGAGCACAACUCCUUGGAUUACAGAGGCCCUGAAAACAAUUACAGGUCGGCCGACAACUACCGCAGCCCGCAGCAGAGCCGGCCGCCGCCCAUGAACGGCAACAGUCCGCACACGCCGAUGCACGCGCGGGGACCCUCGCUGCCCAACGUGCCCACCAACGACCAUGCCAAAUACAGCGGCGGACGCACCAACUCAGCCUCUCAAGCGGACUACGCGCGCGGCGUGCCCGCCGGGGCCGGCGGCGGGGGCGGGGGCCCCACCGGCGGGGGGGCCGUGCCGCCCUACAAGCCCGUGCCGCCGCCCAAGCCCAAGCACUACCGCCCGCCCGACGCCGCACCCAUGCAUCCGAGGAAUGGGAGCCUGGAGCCGUCCCUGGCGCCCCCACAGCGCGGCGGGGGCUUCGGUCCGGCGCCGCACUACUCGCACCAGCACUCGCUCUCACAGCCCGCGCACCGCCCCGCCAACCACAACUACCCGCAGCAGAACAUGUAUGGAGGUCAGAUGCCGCCACAGUCGCCGCCUUACUCGGGCCCGCCGUCCCACCACCGCGCCAUCAACCUGCCACACAACCCACACCUCAUCGAUUUAGCAGGUAGUAGAGAGCAACGCGGCUCCGCAUUUGAACUAUACAGGAAACCACAACACAUGCAUAACUUGAGUUCAUCCGAUGUCAUGAACUCGAGCGUGGAGCGAGACGAGACCUUUUCGCCAAAAACUAAAAAGAAAUUGUCUAAAAAGCCGUCUUUCAUAAAAAAUGCCGUACUCGAUUUGUUCCGUUCGAAAACGAAAGCGUCACAGAAGGUGUCGCGGCAGAAGUCGUUGUGUGAGAGUGAUUUGCAGCACCGACAUCAGCCAAAUCACAUGCCGAUGCUCAGACGAGAGAAGUCUGACCUCAGCGACAUGAGCAUUCACAUGAGGAACCAACAGAUCAGGAACCAAAUGUUGCAACGAAGCAACUCGUCUUCCUGUGAAAAGCCUGUUCUCAAACCGAUCCUCAAACGACAGAGCUCAUUUUGUGACGACAGAAAUGGUUCUAUAUGUACCAUAAGAGAUUAUGACGCCAAACCAGUGAUGAAGAAUUUGAGAAGGCAAAAUUCAAUGUGUGACAUUGAAACUGAACCAAAAGUUACCCCGCUGUUGCGUAGACAGAACUCCCUCAUAGAUUACAGUAGAAGGGGGAUCUAUGGACAGAAUUCCAGCUUUAACAUGAUUACCAAAAUAGACCCUAUUUACCAAAGACAACAACAAAUAAAACAUGAACCAUUCCACCCAACACAACCACUACCUCCCGAACCGGUGUACCAAAGCAAAGAACAUUUAGUUUACGAUCCUAUUCCUAAACCAAGGAGAACGUACACUUCCGUUUACGAUACUUCUAGCGAGAACCCAUACGGUAGCCGCUCUGAAGUUUCAAACCAAAGUUUCGAAAGCCCGUACGGAAAUUCUCAAACUGUUGCCAUGCCACUGAUGGAUCCUCCGUAUGCUACUAAAGCUGAAUGCAUCAGAGAAAGUCCUUAUGCUUCUAGAAAUGAACUUAUAGCGGAAAAUCCAUAUACUAAUCGACAAGAAAUGGCUCAGCAAUCUGAAUCCACGCUCACAGAAUCUCCUUAUUCUAGCAAAGAGCAAAUUUUAAAGUCCAGAAUUAUGUCGGACAGCCCUUAUGCAACUAAAGAAGAAAUGUUACGGCAAAGAUUUUCUGAAUCUCCUUACAACACAAAGGAAGAAAUGCUUAAACAAAGAAUGGAGGGUUCAUUUACUAUGAAGGAACCUACAUAUGGCAAAAGGACAUAUGAACCGCCGCCAAGCACAUCUUGGUCCGAAUGUCCUUAUGCAACAAGACCUGACAGAAGGCUGUAUACGCCCACAAACUUCGCAGGAAGGGCAUCGCCUAUGAGUAAAUGUAUGAGUGAGCCACCUUAUGCUACUAGAACAGAAAUGAUGGCAAGAAUUGAACAGACAGAAUCUCCAUAUGCAACUCGUUCGGAAGUGAAAUCCAGUUGUUCUGACGGCCAGUGCAGCAGUCGUCAUGAAGUAUUAGACGUUCGACAUGACGUACGGCCGGCGUCAGCAGAAUGUACUUAUGUAUCUAAACAAGAGAUCUUGUCUCAAAAAGCUGCUCUCAUAGCCAGCAAAGAGACAUCAUAUAGCAUAAAACUGGAAGAAAAGUUAGAAAUUAUAAAACAGCGAAACCAAGCGAAAAAAGAUAUGAUAUAUCAAACUAGAAAGGAUACUAACGAAAGUGAUGCCGCAAAAAUAAGAGAACCGUUGUACGUAUCAAAAAGAGAAUUGAAAGAAAGCGUGAUAUACGAAUCACACCAAGAGACAAAAGAGGCACCACCAGAGUCACAAGUUAGUAGUCCUAGAAGCAGCCCUUAUGAAUUAAGCGAUGCAAAUCACUUAUCUCGACGAGAGCAGAUAUAUCAAACCAAGGCUGAAGCUGAGAAUGCUUUGAAAACAGACACAUUCCAGGAAAUUGACUUUUCAACGUUGAGAUUAACUGAAUCUAAAACAGAUGCCGAAAAGUCAAUGACUGCUGAAAGCAAUGUUUUGAAAGGGGAAGCAAUAUACGCUCCUAGGUUGCAUGGAAAACCAGAUCAUAUUUCAAAUGCACUAAAAGUGACAUCAUCUCCUAUUCCAUACGAAUCAACAACAUCCAUGGAAACUCAUUAUGCUUCAGAAUGUAGUAUGAAUUUUGAAAACAAACCACAAAGUACACCAUACACAUCACAAGACCUGCAAGAACAAUCGCCAAAAAUGAACAAAACUGUAACGUUUUGCGAGAAAAUAAUUGAAAAGAGUCCAGAAACUAGUGAAGAGAAUUCGCAGAAUAUAACUACGAGUCAGAACGAAACAACGGUAAUAAACAAUCAGACGGCAAUACAGACGACACUAUCAGAAAGCACUGAAUCCAAAACUCAAGAGGUUGAGCCCGAAGGACCUCAUACAACAUGGGGAAUAUUUGAUAGCGAAGGAGGCGUAUUAGAAGAUCGACAAUGGGGCGUAUCUUUGAUAAUACCACCAAAGGCUAUCGCUCCGGGCAUCAAACAAAAGAUCUACUUUACGGUGUCAGAUCCGCGACUGAGCCAGCGUGUGGGGGGACCUCCCAUCGAUAUGGAUAACGGUGAAGCGAUGCUAUCCCCACUGGUGAUGUGCGGGCCCCAAGGCCUGGUGUUCCUCAGGCCGGUGACCCUUAGACUUCCUCACUGCGCCAACGCCAUACCUUCAUUAGGACUAACCAUCAAAGCAACAGACACAGAAGCCCACCUCAGCACCGAUUGGGAUCAGAUUCAUCUGCCAGCGACUACGACGUUGAACACCGUUGCUGUCAAAGUUGAUCAUUUUUAAUUUUUUUUGGACUAAGGCAGACGAAUAUACAGCCAGAUUGACAACUGUCAGCUUGCUAAAUUUAAAUGGUGCUAUGGCUUUAUUGACGCUUAAGAAAUAACUUAGCAUAUUUUUGAUUUGUUUCUAUAAAGACAAAUUAGUCGUUAAGUUUACAUUUUUAAAUAGAAAGAAUCUCAUAUCGGCAAAUAAGUCUUAGGGUUUUAUUUGGUGUUAACAAAAAUGUAUGCGAUGUUAUUUCUUAUCCGUCAUUAAUAAAAGGGUAUUUGGCUUCACAUCUGGUUUUUUCCCACCUAUAAGUACUAAAAAUCUCUUGAUAUUUUAAAGUGAACUAGAGGUGCUAAGUAGUUAGUUUCCGAUUUUAUACCUUAAUUGAGUGAUUUGAGGAUCAUUUUUAUUUGCCGUGGUCUGAUAUCAAAGAGUUUAGACUUCUUUGCAAAUGACAAAGACAAGUAGAAUUUUAUUAUAAUUAGAGGAUUUUCGAGUAAUCCCUACUUAUGACUUAGUCAAGCAGUAUAAGAUGCUUAACAAGUAUACAAUAUUUUGUUCGAAUAAGUUGCAAUUAACAUAAGAACUCUUACCAUAACUUAGUUAUAAAUGUAAUCUACAGUAUGUAAUAUGUAGUGAUUAUGUUUAUAUAUUGUAUUCAUAUUUAAUAUUCAGUUAUUUUAAUAACUAAUGUCGGAUUGUUAGUGGACGUAUUUUUCUAUGAAUUAUGAUUGUUUACAAAUAACAAUCAGUAUCGAGUAUUGUUAUUUUUAAUUUUUUAUUUGUUACAUGUAAAAGGAUUAGAAAGUUUGCACUGAUAUACCAAUAUAUUGCGUGCUAAAUAAAUUUGCAUCUUAUGUGAUUGUAGUAGACUUCAAAAUUGUGCUGUUACUCGACGCGUAUUGAGGAAUGACUUGUAUAUUUUAUUGUUACUAGUGACAUGAAUUAACCUUGAUUCGAAUAUUAAAUUUUAUAUAUACUGAA